AAAGACUGAAAUGACCAUAAACUAGAUUGGAAUACAAAAUGUCCAUAAUUUAUCAUUAAUAACACAGAAUAUAGUUUUCAAGCUUGUACCAGUAACUUCAUUUCUGUGCAUGAAGUAAAGGACAACACCCAAAGAUUUCCUAAAGAUAUCAUUGCUGUUUGAAACACCAAUACAAGACAGGAUUUAAGUAAUAACAGAGGCCACUUCACAGUUGGAAUAUCGUCACAUACAUUAGCUGAGAAAAUGUUCAAAAUCCACAAAGGAAAGAGUUCCUUGCAGAUGUUAAACGUGGAUUGAUCCAGUUUCUUGUGCUUGUUUUCUGUUUGAUGCACAAAUUGCUGGUACUGUUUGUGAAUAAACAAUCAUGGUCAACCGUAAGUCUGGUCGCGGGCUUAGAACAUGCACAGUGUCGUCAGCAGCAGCAGCAACAGAACAUCACAACUCCGGACCUUCUCCAGAUGCUAAAACUGGUGAAGUUGUUUCCAUAACAACCAGGUCUUCCAGGCAAAAACAGAGUUCCACUAAAACUGAUGAUGGUGCAGAGGUUGCUCCGAGAGAAAGGAAGAAUUUGUUAAAGUCGUCGUCACAAGAGAAAGCAAAUGAAUCGUGUCGGAGCAUUAAGAAAAAAGAAGGUGUUUGCAACGAAACAAAUGGCCUCCUUUUGCUGGCAAAUCUCUUCGAUGAACAGCUUCCUAGACUCAAACGAAACUUAAAACGUCCAGUCAGAUUCCAGGAUGCUGUUAUUACGAGUAGCAGACCGAAAAAAUCUAAAACUACGAAAACUAAUGCUACUGAUUUUAGUGAAGCUCAACAGGACAUGUCACCAACUAAAAGGUCUCCCAAGUGUCUGAAGAAGAGAGACGGUGAUAUUCCUGAAGAAGAUGCUGUCCCAUGUAGCAAGUCGAAACAAGCUUUUUGUUUAGGACUGCAACUUCAGGGUAAAACAAAAGGAAAGCAAACGAAAGAAGCGAAUCAGCAAAUUGAUAAGAAAGAUGAUGGACCUUUUAAAAAACGAGCAAAAGUAGUAAAACAAAUAUCUAAAGAACGAAAAGAGGUUAAGAAAAGUGUUUCCAAAGUUAAGGAGAAUUGUCGCGGUUCAGAUUAUGGGGAGAAAUCAAAGAAGAAAUUAUCGGCAUCACGAAAGUCGGAAGGUGAAACAUCAAAACAGCCACCAUCACGAAAGUCGGAAGGUGAAACAUCAAAACAGCCGCCAUCACGAAAGUUGGAAGGUGAAACAUCAAAACAGCCGCCAUCACGAAAGUCGGAAGGUGAAACAUCAAAACAGCCGCCAUCACGAAAGUCGGAAGGUGAAACAUCAAAACAACCGCCAUCACGCAAGUCGGUAGGUGAAACAUCAAAACAGCCGCAUCUUGUUAAUGUAAUUGUGGAUUCGAAUCUGUUAAAAUCCUCCAGGACCACAUGUGUACAACAGGUUACUACUACGCCGAAGACAAAUUCUUUUGCAAAUGCUUGUGUUGUGCAAUGUGGGGGCAAGGCAUUUGUACUUAACACUCCAUCAAGUGUUGGCAAGUUAACACCAGACAAGGUCCUUCACGGAUUGCUUCCAUUUGUGAAAGAAAAGUGUAUGGCAGUCAGAGACACUAAGGACUCUUCAAACGAUAGUUGUCCUCAAGAAAAGGAAUCCAUGUCAGGUAUAGAAUCCAUCCUUAAAGCUGUCAAGUUGAUGUCUACGGACAACAAGGCAGGUUCUUCAUCACAGUGUACAAACCUAGGAGAAUGUUACCUGACCUAUCCCAUCCAUUCUCCUAACAAAGAUGUUAGCUAUAAAACCAUAAAAAUGUCCGACUUGGAGUCUGUUGCAGUUUAUAAAUCUUCCAAAUCCAAAACUUCAAAGUCUGUUGGAGUUUCCAAAACUUUAAAUUCUGUUGGAGUUUCUAAAACUUUAAAGUCUGUUGGAGUUUCUAAAACUUUAAAGUCUGUUGGAGUUUCUAAAACUUUAAAUAAAUUAACACAAAAAGAACCCAACUUGAACAUCAAGAAAGAAAAUGAUACUUCCUCCAAGCUGCUGAGUGUGGAGACUGUGAAGCAACCUGCAAAAGAUGUGAGAAACUCAAGUGUCUCAACUGGUAGCCAGUGUCGCACAUCGGAAAAAGAGUCUUGUACAGAGCCUAAAACAGUCUCUGUUCAGACCGAGUCCUCUGUAUUAAGUGAUCACAAAUACACUGAUCUGACUUAUGAUGACAACAGUGCAGCAGGGUUUGAGCCAGACUCAGAAAUAGAAUCGGAAUCGGAGUCCUCAAAGAAAGCUGCUUCUAAACCAAUACCUACUACUGCCACUGUGCCCAAGCUGUUGGAGUCUAGGAAGCUGACAAAUGCAGUCCGAGUCAUAGAUCCGGAGAACUGGCAGCAGUUUGCUCUCAUCAGACAAUUGAGUGAGAAGUGUGAAAAGUGCGACUUGGAGUUCUACUCGAACAAGGAGCUGCACACACACUUCCGACAGGUGCACAAGGUGAAGUUCAUCAAAGAGUUCAAGUGUACGCACUGUGGCCAGAUGACUAAAUCGUUGAAUCAGCUCAAGCACCACCAGCUCCUAGCCCACAAGAUCAGCCAGGACCUGCUGAAGCCGUUGCUGCUGCCCACGGACGUAAUGGCUGCCAGAAGCGAGUCUGGUCAAUCUCCUGCGGGAAGUGAUUCUUGUCGAUCUCCGGUCAGUGGCAGGCCAAGACCGACGAAGACCUUGGACAAGUGCAUCACGUGUCGGCUGGCUUUUCCGAGAGCCGAGGAACUGGCCGAUCACAUGAUCCACUGUCACUGCAACAAGUUGGUGUUUUCAGACCUCAUUCUGUGCGAGCUCUGCGAUGAGGCGUUCAUGCUGGUAAAAGACUUUCUCAAACACAAGAGAGACAUUCACAGUCUGAAUCCAAACAUGUCGAGGAUUGGACAGAAGAAGACCGUCCUCAUUGGGAAUGAUCUCUCACAGACUAAGACUGUAAACGCUGAGAAAAGCUCUUCUGAUGUGCUACGGAUGGAGAAUUGUGCUAACUCUAAAGAUCCACCGGCAUCCGGAAAGCAGGUAUUGCAGCGUCCAUCACCUGAAGAUCAGUUCCAUACAGACGAUACACUUGUCAUCGACGAUUCACUGGGUGAUGUAAAUAAAAAGACAAAACUGUUCUACUGUGAUGUUUGCGAUAAACGGGUGCGAAACCUACACACACACAUUCUUGUUCACACGGGGGAAAGACCGUUCAAGUGUACUGGAUGUCGACUGGCGUUCAGCUCCAGUGCUUGUUUGAAGAUCCAUCUCAAGCUACAUUCCAGACGUCGCAUCCCAUACGUGUGUCCGGACUGCGGCAAGAGGCUCGCCGAGCAGUCCGACUUCAAGCGGCACACAGCUUACUGUGGUGAUCGGCCACACAAGUGUAAGUUUUGCACCAGGACAUACAGACAUGAUGGUGACUUGCAGCUUCAUUUGAAAGAACAUGAAGAAAAAGAGUUUUCUUUAAACAGAAACCGUGAACUCGAAGCUGACGGAACACACAAUUCUCAUCCAGAUUCACUUGUUGGACUUGAUGGUGACGAAACACAGAAUUCUCAUCCAGAUUCACUUAGUGAAGGUGACAGGACACAGAAUUGUUAUCCAGAUUCCAUUGUUGCCCUUGAUGGUGAUGAAACACUUGAUGGUGACGAAACACAAAAUUCUCAUUCAGAUUCAAUUGUAAGUGAAAACGAACAUGAGGAAAACAUUUCCAUGACGACGGAGAUUCAGGACAUCUCGAUGGAUCACUCGUACGGAGGAAGUAACACCGACGCGCACCACAGCUAUUCGAGGUCGGGUUCCGAGCAGGUCCUGGAGGAGGAGUUCUACCGAUGCAAGUUCUGCGGUAAGGUUGGCACCGACCUGCGCACUCACAUGCUGACCCACGCACUGGAGUCCCUCAUCCAGUGUAGCAGGUGCAGCGAGGCCUUCAAGACUAAGUCCGACCUGAAGGAACACAUGCUGAAUCACAGGAAACGCAUGGUCAACCACAGACCGCGUGAGCUGACCGACGAGACGGUCAACUGGCACCGGUGUCACUACUGUGAUCGGAAGUACUUCUACAUCCGCAGUCUGAAGCGCCACCUGGUGUCGCACACAGGCGUGUACCCGCACAUCUGCUUCAUCUGCUCGAAAGGCUUCGUCUACCCGAAAGAUCUGUACUGUCACAUUCAGUCUCACGAAGGCUACGAGAACUGGAAGCCAGAAAAAGGUAAUGCUCAGGAAAAACUGGCACUGUCGGACCCGAACGUCAGUAAAACGGAAUGUGGGACUGACCCGUUGAGUGUAGGGGAUCAGCCUUCCGACGACGAUUUGUAUACGUGCUCCAGAUGCAAUGCGAGGUUCAGAAGGCUCAGUGAUCUGAUGAGUCACUCGAUUUUUAAGUGUCACAUCUGUGACAAGACUUACAGAAAGAGCGGCACGAUCAUCGAACACAUGAAGGUGCACUCCGACGGAGCGUUUACCUGCGACCUCUGCGACUCCACCUUCCAGACACACGCUGGACUCCGGUGUCACAAGACGAUUCAUGUUCAAGGCGAGCACCAGUGUCCUCAGUGUGAAAAGAGCUUCGUCUUCAAGAGCCGGCUGAACAAGCAUCUUCUAACUCGCAUGGAGACGAAGAGCUUUGAGUGCGAGCAGUGCCACAAGACCUACAGGUACAAAGGGGAUCUUGUCAAACACAAGGUGGUGCACGAUGGGGAGAAACGUUUCAAGUGUCAGCACUGCGUGAAAGCGUUCCACACCAACACGGAGCUGAAGUCACACACCGAGCGCAAGCACCUGCCUUCGACCACGAGCGGGGAUGGAGGCCAGCUCUACAUGUGCAGUGUCUGUGGGAAGGAGAGUCGGAGCUACUUGGCGCUGAAAGCUCACGUCAAGAUACACACGGCCGUGAAGCCGUACAGCUGCGACACCUGUGACAAACGCUUCUACUCGAAGACGAAUUGCAUCCAGCACAUGAGGGUGCACAGCAGUGACAAGCCGUACAAGUGUAUCCUGUGCCCGAAGGAGUACAAGUCUUCCAACGCUCUCCAACUGCACCACCAGGUCAUCCACACGGGACUCCGGCCAUACGCGUGCAAGAUUUGCGGGAAGGCUUUCGGGGAGCAGAACAAGCUGUACCUGCACAUGCGUCGCCACACCGGCGAGACGCCCUACGAAUGCAGCAUGUGCGACAAGCGUUUCGCCCACAAGUCCGUCCUCGACAAGCACAUGGACUUCCACACGGGACAGAAGAAAUACACGUGCAGGUUCUGCGACCGGAUGUUCAGCCAGCACACCAACGUGACUGUCCACGAGAGGACGCACACGGGCGAGCAGCCCUACCUCUGCAAGUACUGCACCAACAGCUACAAGACGUCGAAUGCGCUGGCCAACCAUGUGAGGACGCACACCGGCGAACAGCCCUUUGUCUGUGAUGUGUGCUCCCAGGCUUUCAUGUUCAAGAACAAGCUGAGGAAGCACAUGCAGAGCCAUGGCUGCCAGUCGCCGUAUCAGUGCAGGAAGUGUCGCAACGUGUUCGUCGACAAGGAGAACUUCGACCGGCACUACGAGGGCCACAUGAAGGACGAGGAGAAUGCGCGGCUCAUCCUGCAGGCCGAGAAGCAGAAGCAGAAACAGAGGAAGUCGAAGACGUUCGAGUCUGUAGAGAGCAGCACUAGAGUAGCCACUCCGGCUGGUGACCGUGCUGCCGCCGAUGGAGAUGGGUCAAUGAUCCAACGCGUCGAGCUACCGUAUCCGUGUAACAGCUGCAGCAGCAGCUUCGGCACCAUCCUCGAGUUGAAUGUCCACAAGACGAGCCACCUGCUGCGUCCGUUCCAGUGCGCCGUGUGUAGCGCUACGUUCUCCAGUCCGUCGGUCCUGUCCACUCACCUCAUCAAACACGUGCACCCGACCAGCGGCUCCCCACUCGCCAACACCCAGACGCAGAACGGAACCAAGAGCCACAGUGGGCAACAGAAAACAUUUUCGUGUGACGUCUGCAACAAGUCGUUUCCGGUGGAGAAUCUUCUCGUUGCUCAUAAAAAGAUUCAUGUACCCGUGAAGCAACAACAGAGUGGUGUCGAUUUUGAAGUCGAUUCGGCGUUGUCCAACCUGAUGUCUGUUGGUACCCAGCAGAUGAUGGAGUCGGGAUCCGUGGUCGUGGUGGAGUACAUGGACAACGAAAUCCCGACCACGCAGGACGCGAACGAUGGAUCGUCGUAUGUGGGGAAUCACCAAGAC